AAUAUUCCCCUUGAAAAAGUGCUCACCAAUAUGGCGUUUAUGCUCCUGUCUGUUUUGGUGCUGGCUUUGGCUGACUGUAGUCUGGCUGCUCUCGACAACAAGGGUACUGAGUUCAUCCUGACAUUUCCGGAAAACCUCCAGAGACAACAACACGACCCAAGACUGUUCUUCUCCUGCCCGCAUCCGAGCGGGGCCGAAGUCACCGUCACUCUUCCGUCUAGCGGCCAUCACGAGAGAGUUCGGGUGAGGCAUGGGCAAGUGAAGAAGGUAGAACUGGACCGUGUGGAGGUAGAACUCCGAGGCAGCCAAAAGAGUGACGACUACAGGGCCGUUCACAUCACGUCCGAUGUGGAGAUCGUGGUGUACGGAGUGUUCGCCGAGAGAGCUUCAUCUGACGCCUACCUGGCCCUCCCCACCGACGGCCUUGGGACGGAGUACUUCGUCUCUUGUUCAAGCAUCGUACGCAACUACAAUAGUGAAGGUUUCCUGGACAUACCCUCAGAGUUCGGAGUGGCCGGUGUCCAUGACGGGACGACCGUCACCAUUGUCCCCAGCCAAGCCGUGACGUUUGACGGACAAAACUACGCCGCAGGACAGGAGUUCUCCGUGCGACUGGACCGGUUUGAGACACUUCAGGUCCAGGCUAGUGAGGACCUGACCGGCUCAAAGAUCACGGCAACCCACCCAGUGGCCGUAUUAAGCGGGAACUUGUUCGCCUUCUGCCGGCCUAUGGACGAGACACAGAGGGGGACAGGAGACCACAUCGUGGAGAUGAUCCCGCCCGUGGACACCUGGGGGAAGGAGUUCGUCACCGUGCCGCUUGCGAUGCACACAGGCGGCGACCUCUUCCGAGUAGUUGCUGCCAGAGACAACACACAGGUCAACGUCACCAAUGAGAACACGACGACCCUGAACGCUGGGGAAUUCUGGGAAAUUGACGUUCCAUCGGACGAGUACAGACACGUGACCUCCAGUGAGCCUGUCUUGUUGGUGCAGUACAGUAAGACCGGUGCUGCUGACCGCACGGAUACUGACCCGUUCAUGAUGAUCAUCCCGCCCGUGGCCCAGUUCCAGUCAGAGUACACCUUUGCUACGGUGGAGCUGGUGCUAACGACCGCUGUCCCUGGAUCCAGAAGCACUCAUCACAUCAACCUGGUUGUAAGGUCGGCUGACAAAGGUGGUCUCCUAUUGGACGGACAACGGUUGCCUAGCGACACCGUCUGGCAUGACGUACCUGGGACCGACUACGCCGCCGCACAGAUGACUAUUUCUGCAGAGACCCACACAGUUCGCCACCUUUCACCCAUCUCCACCAUUGGUCUGUUCAGUUAUGGCUUUGUAAAACCGGAGUCGUACGGCUACCCCGGCGGGCUCCGGCUGGCCCGGAUCGCCGCCUCCUGCAGCGCCACCGCCCCCGUCCCCGGAGACCGGCAGGACAACGACUGUGACGGGCGGGUGGACGAAGAGCUGCUGAACGGCAGGGAUGAUGACGGCGACGGGCUGGUCGACGAAGAUCUGGCCGCCAGUAACUGCGCUGACCACAGGGACCGGUACAGGGAGUGCUUGGUGCAGCGCUGUAGGAGCCUGGCCCCUUAA